AUGUCAAACAACGGUGAUGAAUUCUACAACACAUUCUACAACGCUUUCACUUUCGAAUCGUCAGAUAGAAGAUCUGAGUUGAAAGAAUAUUCAAGAGAAAUUUCGGAGAAUUUGAAGUUCGAGAACAUGUACGGAAGCCAACAAAAGCCACCAAAGUUAAUGAAAGUUGAAGACUAUAACUGCAAAGAAGUUUUACCUGAAGAAGAUGCUGUUGGGUAUGCUUUUGUUGCUGAUGCUGAUCCUGAUCGAUGGUGGAAAGCAGACUAUGCAAGAUGGGAAAUUGGGAAAUUAGACGAACCUUUCAAAGAAGCUCAAAGGGCCAAACCAUGGAAUGAAGAGUUGGAAUGUUACAUGGAUCCACGGGGUAAUCCGGUUGUUGACCCUUCAAAAGUGGAUUUCAAAGCUGUAACAAAUUUGCUUCCAAGGCAAGCUACUUUCAACACACGAAGAUUAUCUGAUAAAGAGUAUUUGCCUGAUUUGGAGAAGAAGAUAAGAGAGACUGCUGUUGAAGAGGAACAGAAACCUGAAGAGAAACAGAUUGCUGAAGAGGGACAGAAAGUUGAAAAAGAACAGAAGAUCGAGGAAGCACUUAAAGAAGGAAAAGAGCAUAAGACAGUGGAAGAUCAGAGAGCUGAGACAGAAGAAUCGGUGUUUGAAGAGACUGAGAACAAGUCUGAGCCACCAAGAUGGAAACAGCCAGAAGAAAAAUCAAGGACUCUUGCAGUUAUCUACGACGAUGAAGGAUAUGAUUGGAGCAAAGAAUUUUUACCUGAAGAAGAUGCUGUUGGGUAUGCUUUUGUUGCUGAUGCUGAUCCUGAUCGAUUGUGGAAAGCAGACUAUGCAAGAUGGGAAAUUGGGAAAUUAGACGAACCAUUCAAAGAAGCUCAAAGGGCCAAACGAUGGAAUGAAGAGUUGGAAUGUUACAUGGAUCCACGGGGUAAUCCGGUUGUUGACCCUUCAAAAGUGGAUUUGAAAGCUGUAACAAAUUUGCUUCCAAGGCAAGCUACUUUCAACACACGAAGAUUAUAUAAUAAAGAGUAUUUUCCUGAUUUGGAGAAGAAGAUAAGAGAGGUUUGUGAAGAAAGUCUACCGAAGAUGGUAGAGAUGAAGAAGAGAAAAGAAGAAGAAUUAAAGAAGAUGAUUAAAGAAGUAAAAGCUGUUGCGAAGACUGCUGUUGAAGAGGAACAGAAACCUGAAGAGAAACAGAUUGCUGAAGAGGGACAGAAAGUUGAAAAAGAACAGAAGAUCGAGGAAGCACUUAAAGAAGGAAAAGAGGAGAAGACAGUGGAAGAUCAGAAAGCUGAGACAGAAGAAUCGGUGUUUGAAGAGACUGAGGUUAGGAAAUCUUCUGACUUGUCAAAUGCUAAAAUUGUCAAUGAAAAGGAAAACAAGUGCGGGAAUUGCAUAGAAAUGUGCAAAGCCUGUACUGAAAAAGAUGACAUCAUAAAAACAAAAGACAAUGACAUUGUUAAACUUCAAAAUAUUUUCACAAUAAAAUGUAAAGAAAUGAUUGACAAAGAAGAAAUUUUAAAAAUAAAAGUUGAAAAACUGACACAGAAAUGUCAAGGUCUUGAAAAGGAUAAUGAGGGUUAUCGACAACUGUGUACUGCAAAAUGUGUCGAUUGUGUUGAAAAAGAAUCAAAGUUUUAG